AUGGAAGCUCGAAGUUCAAAGAGAAAGCGGGAGUUUUCCCCUGGUACAGUUGCGUCUAGUAUCAGUCUUCCUAUUGCUGUACCACCACUGCCGCUAGCCGAGACCGAACCAGGCGUCCCACAUUCCAAAACUCCACCGUCAUUGACCAGUGAUAACGACUCCACCUCGAAGAGCUCUUGCCGUUCGCCACCAACUCCAUCUCAAACUCGAAGUGACCAAAAUACCUUCACAAUGAGAGACGAGAGAGAUAUACUAGAUCUGUACGCAACCGACUACCAACCUGUUUGGGCUGCAGGAAUUGAAUUCCCCGGUGUCAUUCCAGAAGAGAUAUCACAGUAUCUAUAUGAGGAUGGCGAGCAGGUCUCCUUGUUCAUCGGACCGUUGUCAAGCCUUUUUUGGCUUGAGGGGGUGGAAGAGCUCGAAGAGCUCAUUCGCGAUCCCGCAUAUGUUCUUACAGAUGAGAUUCAAGAUGUCUUCCCCUCUGCGCGCCUCCAAUCUUUUCCGCCAACUAUUUCUUGCGUUAAGACAAAACUGAAGGGAAAGAAGAACAACCGUGAUGAAAAUUACGUUGAUUUGAUGAAUACAUUCAUCAAUUCACUUGGUGGCAAUCUUCUUUACAAGGGCUUAUCACGUCCGUCAAUAGUCAGCCUAGCCUCACUCUUCGCGCCCCUCGUCUCUUCAUACACGCUUCAGAACGAGUUCGGACCCGGUUUAUACGCUACUUCCUCACUCAAGUAUGCGUUGGACUAUGCUGGCCCAGAUGCGGUCAUUUUGAUUUUCAAGGAUGUUGACUUCCGUCCGUUGGUUAAGAUUGAUUUGGCCGGCGAAGACUGGCGAACUACGGUAGACUAUUGGACCGGGGCGACGAUUUCAAAUGUUUCUGAGCGUGUACCAGCACUCUGGGAGCGAUCCGAUAUCUUGCAAGGCCAAAUCUCCGUCAAAGAUCUGAGGUCCAAACAGAGGGUUCCCGGACCAGAUUCCCAGGUUGUGGGAGUCAGCUAUGCAGGCUUGAAUGCAUUUGCAUCUGCUUUGCACAUGAUCAUUUGGCUAGACAGUUCGCGCUGA